UGCAUGCUGACCCAAAUGUUAUGAAGCCACGCAAUUUCUGCCCCAUACCGCCUUUCUCUCUCCUCUAUUUUGUAUUCAUUUUCUCUCUCCUCUGUUUCGGCCAUUAUAUAAAUCCCUUUUCUCUCAUCUUCUUCUUCCUACACCGUUUUGGUUUGCCCUAAUUUUACAGUGUUUCAAUGAGUAGUGUUUGUGCUGAGAAUCAGAAAUAUCAGUUUCAUUUUCAAUUUCCUCCUUCUUCUUCUACUUCUGAUUUUGUUGUUUCUGAGAGGAUUCCUUUUCUGAAGGAUAUUAACGUUCCGCCGAGGAAGCUUCUUGCGGCGCGACGAGAUCAAAACGCUGAAAUGUGUUCUGAUUCGCCGCGAUUCUCGUUUGCUGUUGAAUCGCUUUUGCAGAAGUUUUUGCCGUUCAAUGGCGAGGAUGAGGCGGAGGAGGACGGCGAUCCGUAUUCGUCCGAUCAUUUUCGGAUGUAUGAGUUUAAGGUGAGGCGGUGUACUCGUAGUCGGAGUCAUGAUUGGACGGAUUGUCCGUUUGCUCAUCCUGGAGAGAAGGCUCGUCGGCGGGAUCCUCGUCGGUUUCAUUACUCCGGCACGAUGUGUCCGGAGUUCCGGCGUGGUGGAUGUGGCCGUGGUGAUGGAUGUGAGUUCGCUCAUGGAGUUUUUGAGUGUUGGCUUCAUCCGGCGAGGUAUCGGACUGAGGCUUGUAAAGAUGGAAAGAACUGUAAGAGGAAGGUCUGUUUCUUUGCUCAUUCGCCUCGUGAGCUUCGUCUUUUGCCGCCGGUGAGUAACUUUCAAGGCGGUGGCUCUUGUUCUUCGCCGAAUAAGAAGAGUUCUAAUCUCAGAUCGGCCGCUGGUUCUAAUCACUGCUGCUUGUUUUGUCAUUGCGGUGGAGCCGCCACCUCCUCGCCGACGUCGACUCUUUUCGGAAUGUCUCAUCUCUCUCCGCCGCACUCACCACCGCUCUCGCCGGGAAAUCCUCGGUCGAUGAAUGGAUUUUCGCCUAUUUCAAGGUAUAGUAAUCCUGAUCAGUCUAAGUUAAAGGGAGUUUUGAGCUAUAAAGAUGCACUGACCGAGCUCAUGAGCUCUAUUGAAUCCAUGAAUAUCGACGACGCUAAUGCCACUUUAGCGGCCGCCAUCCCCGCCCCUAGACCAACGCCUUGGAUCGAUGUUUCAUCUCUUAAUCCUGAAGAUCAACUGCAGUUUAUUCUCUCCCCUUCCACUCCAAACAUCUCCGCCGCGGCGAACUUAACCUGCGAGCAUAAAUCUAACGCCGACAAUGGAUGGGCCUCCACCUCCGGUCCCGAUCUCGGAUGGGUUAAUGAUCUGCUGAUGUAAACUACUAAGAAGAAGAAGAGAAGAAGAAACAAUAAGACUUCUCGAGGAACUGUAAAUAUUACACCAUCCGUAUAUAUAGAGGUAUUAUAUAUAUAUGGUGAAGAGGUGUAAGAAAAUGUCAUUAAUAAUGAUUGUGAAUUAUUGCUUUGCAAAUUGUUGGCUGAUCGUCCAUUUAGAAUUUACGUGUUUUGUUUGUUGUUUGUAUUAGGAACUCAUCAGAAUCCUGAGAUCUUCUGUUUGUUGUGUAUUCUAAUUCCUUUUUCUGAAUGUAUUUUACUGCAAGUUUCUUGACCA